AUGGCUGACAGACUAACGAGAAUUGCCAUUGUCAACAGUGACAAGUGCAAACCGAAGAAAUGCCGCCAAGAAUGCAAGAAAGCUUGCCCGGUCGUUCGCACUGGCAAGCUUUGCAUUGAAGUCGCUCCGGACUCCAAAAUUGCCUUCAUCUCGGAACGUCUCUGCAUCGGAUGCGGUAUCUGCCCCAAGAAAUGUCCAUUCGGCGCUAUACACAUCAUCAACUUGCCUACCAAUCUUGAAACACAAGUGACACAUCGUUACUCGGCCAACAGCUUCAAGCUCCAUCGCCUGCCCAUGCCUCGCCCCGGACAGGUUCUUGGUCUUGUUGGUGCGAACGGUACUGGAAAGAGUACAGCUCUCAAGAUUCUCAGCGGCAAAUUGAAGCCCAACUUGGGACGCUACGAUGAUCCACCCGACUGGCAGGAAAUUCUCAAGUACUUCCGUGGAUCCGAGCUUCAAAACUACUUCACUAAGGUUCUGGAAGAUGAUCUCAAGGCGGUGGUCAAGCCGCAAUACGUCGACCAAAUUCCUAGAGCCGUCAAGGGGCCAGUUAAAGAAGUCGGUCCUUUGAUUGAGGCUCGUUCGCAGAUGGAUAACAUGGACCAUAUUAUGGAAGUGCUCGAACUCAAGCAGGUCGAAAAUCGCGACAUUAAUCUCCUUUCUGGUGGAGAACUACAGCGAUUCGCCCUCGCUCUGGUUUGCGUCCAGCAAGCUGAUGUGUACAUGUUCGACGAACCGAGUUCGUACCUCGAUAUCCGUCAGAGACUUGCUGCUGCUCGUACCAUCCGAGAACUUCUGCGCCCUGACGAUUACGUCAUAGUAGUCGAGCACGAUUUGUCGGUGCUAGAUUAUCUAUCUGACUUUGUUUGUGUCCUCUAUGGUCGGCCCGCUGUUUACGGAGUUGUCACUCUACCGUCAUCAGUUCGUGAAGGAAUAAAUAUCUUCCUUGACGGACACAUCCCCACUGAAAACUUGCGUUUCCGUGAGGAGUCUUUGACCUUCCGCAUCGCCGAAGCCGGUGAGGACCUGCUGGCCGAUAAGGCUCGCGCUUUCAGCUAUCCCAGUAUGGAAAAGACCAUGGGAAGCUUCCAUCUAAAAAUCGAGCCCGGAAAGUUUACUGACUCUGAAAUCCUUGUUCUGAUGGGCGAAAAUGGUACUGGUAAGACUACUUUCUGUAAGAUGCUUGCCGGUGCAGAGAAGCCCGAUGGAACCAAGUCAGUGCCGCGAAUGAACAUUAGCAUGAAGCCUCAGAAGAUCACGCCCAAAUACCAGGGAACUGUCCGACAGUUGUUCUUCAAGAGAAUCAAGGCCGCUUUCCUCAACCCACAGUUUCAGACCGAUGUCUACAAGCCUCUCAGGAUCGAUGAUUUCAUCGAUCAAGAGGUUCAGAAUCUGUCAGGUGGUGAACUGCAACGUGUUGCUAUUGUACUUGCCCUUGGUAUUCCUGCAGACAUCUAUCUUAUAGACGAGCCUUCGGCAUAUCUCGAUGCAGAACAGAGAGUUACGGCAGCAAGAGUGAUCAAACGAUUCAUUAUGAACACCAAAAAGACAGCCUUCAUCGUCGAACACGAUUUCAUUAUGGCUACUUAUCUUGCCGAUCGUGUCAUCGUAUUUGACGGACAGCCAUCUGUUGACGCCCGUGCAAACGUCCCGGAAUCGCUUCUCACCGGUUGCAACAGAUUCCUCGAGAAUUUGGACGUUACAUUCCGUCGUGAUCCAAACAGCUUCCGUCCUCGUAUUAACAAGUACCAGAGUCAGCUGGACCAGGAACAGAAGUUGAAUGGCAACUACUUCUUCCUGGAAGAAGAGAAUUGA